UUCCACGUCGACCUGCACACUCGCCAUAUUUUCAAGCCGGGGAGAACCGCGCCGCUCUGUUAGCUUGCCGAGUGAAAGCGAACAUUAGAUCUCACCAGAGGUUAUAAAAGUAGAACAUCGAAAUUUUAGAGGAGGAAUUUCAUCUAAGUUGGCGUUUGAGUUGUGAGCUUGUCACCAUGAACGUUUUCCGCCUGACAGGAGACCUUUCUCACUUGGCAGCCAUCAUCAUCCUGCUACUGAAGAUAUGGAAAAGCAGGUCGUGUGCAGGUAUCUCGGGAAAGAGUCAAAUCCUCUUUGCGAUUGUGUUCACCACACGCUACUUGGACCUGCUGACAUCCUUCAUCUCGCUCUACAACACGUGCAUGAAGGUGAUCUACAUCGGCUGCGCCUACGCCACCGUCUACUUGAUCUACGUCAAGUUCCGGGCUACCUAUGACGGCAAUCACGACAGCUUCAGGGUGGAGUUCCUGGUAGUCCCUGUCGGGGGUCUGUCCGUGCUCAUCAACCAUGACUUUUCCCCCCUUGAGAUCCUGUGGACGUUCUCCAUCUACCUGGAGUCGGUGGCUAUCUUGCCCCAGCUCUUCAUGAUCAGUAAGACGGGUGAGGCGGAGACCAUCACCACCCACUAUCUGUUCUGCCUGGGCCUGUAUCGAGCCCUCUACCUCUUCAACUGGAUCUGGCGCUUCUACUUUGAGGGAUUUUUUGACCUGAUCGCCAUCGUCGCCGGCGUGGUCCAGACAGUCCUCUACUGCGACUUCUUCUACCUUUAUGUCACCAAAGUGUUGAAAGGCAAGAAGCUGAGCCUGCCGGCGUAAGGCCCACGGGCGGUCCUGGCAGCGGCCGAGACAAUGUGAUGGAACGCCGUCGCCUUCUAUCCAGCCGGUGAGCCGACCGAUACUAACAGGGAAAAACCAAAACAAACACUUUUGAUGGCCGAUCGACAGCGGCACGCGGGGGGAACAAAACCUUCUUUCAAGUCCAACGUCACAUUAGCGUGUUUGACCUUCUUGCCUUCAACUCCCUUUUCAUUGCUGGUCCAGUGGCAGAAAAGGCUUUUUUUCCACUCAUGGGAGGCUCUUACACUUUUUAGUAUUUUGCCAUGUCCAAUUUAUUAGUUGUUUUUUUUUCGUUGUUUUUUUUUUUUUACAAAGUCACAAAUGGGGCGACUCUUGGUAAGGAAAUGUACAUAUAGUUUUAUUAAAAAAAACAAAAAGUACAUCUGAGUGCCUCACGACAGCCAUGUCUGACUUGUCACACUUUUUGGUGUUUUUAAUUUUUUUCCCCUCAUUUUGUAUGCAUAUUAUUUCAUACAUUUAUCCUCUCUGAGAAUGAAUUUAAAGACCGAUUAAUACAUUUCCAAUGGACAACAAAGAAUACAGAUGAUGACAGAGUUCACAAAUGCUUCAAGCAAGACCAGCCGUCAUGUUCUUUUCCUUUCUUGUCUGGAUGUGAACUGGCGACUGACAGUCAGCGGGCGUUACCGCUUGGACGAACAGCUAAGAAUCUUAUCUCUGCUCUAAAUCUGAUCCAAGUUGGCUACUCCUCAAGCGUUGGGAUGGUUUUGCUUUCUAAUUCCAGUCUUCUUCAUUUUGCAUGAUAUCGGCUUCAUUAAAGAUUUUGAAGAGAAUCGCUA